CGAGGUGCGGCGACCACACCUCAGUGGCAUGGUACACAGGACGAUUCGACUCGAUUUUACUCGAUUGGACUCGGUUCGUUCACUCACUGGACGACAGCGGCGGCGGACUCACACACGCGCGGUACGGCGCCGGUGUCGACGUGCACUGAAACGCCGAUGGCCGGAAGAAUGAAAUCGUUUAUCACUCGCAAGCAGCCUCUUCUCACGCUGCGCAUCACUCUGUGUCGGCAAGAAAAAGCGAUCUAA